GAUCCGUUCCCGCAGCCCAUCGACAGGAUUGGUUAUAUGAAGAGCCGUCUCCUGCCGGUAUGGCCGCUUUGCGUGAGGAGCACGGAGCUAAAAUGUUCUCCUUGAAGAAAUGGAACGCGGUGGCGAUGUGGAGCUGGGAUGUGGAGUGCGAUACGUGCGCUAUCUGCCGGGUGCAGGUUAUGGAUGCCUGUCUGCGCUGCCAAGCUGAGAACAAACAGGAGGACUGUGUGGUGGUGUGGGGAGAAUGUAACCACUCCUUUCAUAAUUGCUGCAUGUCCCUAUGGGUGAAGCAGAACAACCGCUGCCCCUUAUGCCAACAAGACUGGGUGGUGCAGAGAAUCGGCAAAUAGCCAGCGUGGGACAGUCCAAACGCCAUCCUUGUGCUGCAGCAUGACUCCUUUCUAUUUUGAACACAAGAAAUAAUAUUGUGUGUAUUGUGUUCCUGUUUAAUGUGCAAUAAACCAAAUUAUCGUUCUA